CGGCAUUUUCCCCUCAGUCACGAUUUAUGGAGUGCGUUGGUUACAUGCACGUUACAUAGCAGUGGGUCCUUGCCUCCACGUUGAGUCGGUGAGGGGGAAUUUUCCGCUUGUGAGGAGACGGGUGGUUGUGUGGUGCUGAAACGUCCAGAGUGAAAGUUGCCUAUUGUACAUUUUCUCCAGUAGCAUACAUUCCAAGAUGGCAAUCACUGACUUUGAAGAUAUUUUCGACCAUAUCGGAGGUUUUGGAAGAUUCCAGUAUUCACUGUUUGCUGCAAACUGCAUCAUCAACAUCUUCUUGGCUGUAGUGUACUAUGGUCAAAUAUUUAUGACACUCACUCCACCCCAUUGGUGCCGUCCUCCCCUUGAAGUGUUAUCUCUCAACUUGACAGAGGCAGAGGUCAAACUUCUCACUUUGCCUUGGUCCAAUCAUUCUUCUGACUAUGAAUCGUGUGUUAUUUAUGACGUCGACUUUGUAGAGAUUGUGAGAUCUAAUGAAAGCUGGCCUGAUCCUUCUUGGCCCACUACCUCCUGCACCAGUGGGUGGUCCUACAACUAUUCACUUUAUUACCCCACUAUCACCUCGGAGAUGAAUUGGGUUUGUGAGGAGGAUUGGCGGCCUGUAAUGGCUCAGUCACUGUUUUUUGUUGGCUCCAUGAUUGGCUGUCCAACUUUAGGCUGGGCUGCUGACAGAUGGGGUCGACUUCCAAUAGUUGUUCUAGCUAAUGUCAUGAGUGCCAUUGCUGGGAUGGCCUCUGCAUUUUCAACUACUUUCACAAUGUUUGUGAUUUUGAGAUUCAUCGUUGGUUUGACAUAUGAACAGCAUUAUUGCAUUGCCUAUGUAUUGUUGCUUGAAUAUGUCGGGAAAGAAUACAGAACGUUCAUGGCCAAUGUACCCAUCUUGUUGUUCCUAACUCUUAGCACCUGCAGUUUACCGUGGAUUGCCUAUGGAAUAGGCAACUGGUUCUACUUCACCAUUAUUACUAAUGCUCCACUACUACUCUCCUUCAUCUUUAUAUGUUUGGUACCAGAAUCUGCUAGAUGGUUAAUCAGCCGUGGUCGAGUGGAUGACACCAUAAAAAUUAUUGAAAAGGCUGCAGCAUAUAAUGGCAAGAAACUUUCCACAAAUGUCAUCCAAGAGUUCAGGGCCUAUGGAGAAAAGCAGGCAGCCAUAGCAGAGACAGAAGGCAAUCCCUCGGUUUUGGACCUUUUGAAGACACCAGUACUUCGAAAACGAUUUCUCAUUCUAUGUUUGAUGUGGGUUGUGAUGACUUUGGCUUAUGAUGGCCACUUGAGAAAUGCACAAAACGUUGGUUCUAAUGCCUUUGUGAGCUUUACGAUACUUAGUUUUGUAGAGCUUCCAGCUGAUAUCGUAGUUCUGUUUCUAACAGAUUGGUUGGGUCGCCGAUAUGCCACUGUUUUCUCUCUUAUUUUUUGUGGAAUUGCUGGGCUAUCAGUUAUGCUAGUCCAUGAAGAAAAUACUACUAUGAUCCUGGUCCUUGCAUUGAUAGGCUGCUUUCUUGUUACUAUGGCCAUUAAUGUUGGCCAACAGUAUCAGGUAGAGGUUCUCCCAACUGUUGCCAGAACUCAAGGUAUGGGUGCCAUACAAACUGUAACAUUUGGUGCUACUUUGUCAUCACCAUACAUUGUGUAUUUGAGUAAAUAUGGGUAUUUUCUUCCUUAUAUGAUCUUGGGAAUCAUAACGUUAGUUGGCGGUGCAGUGUGUAUAUUCCUUCCAGAAACAAUCAAUGAAAAUAUACCCAACACUCUUGAAGAAGGAGAGACUUUCUUUACCAACCAGGGAUUCUGUUAUAACCCCUGUAAGAGGAGAAAGAAGGACGAAACUGAAGCUGUAGCAGAAGGAAAUGAAGUCACCAGAUUCUGAAAGGAGAACAGCUCUUUUCCUGAGGGGGAUUCCAUUGUGUCAGGCAGAAGUGCACUUUAGAAUUGGUAAAAUAAUCAAACGGGAUUACAUACUGCUCUAUGAUGAUGCAAAUCAACUACACGGCAAAUUGAAUCGAAGACUUGGGAACUGGGAAGAGCCAGUGUACCAAAAGAGGCAUAAAAUAUGGGUAAAAUGUUUAUACACUACAACUUGAACAUAUACACCUACUAAAACAACCUUAUUCACUAUCACAGGAAAUUAUUCAGUUUACAAGAGGCCACCUGCUUCCAAGUAAUAUAUUAUCUAAAACUAUAUUCAUAUUCAUAUCUUUCGUAAAUUUGUGCUGUCUUGCCAUAUUAAUUUUGAUUCAUAUUCUAGACACUUUCCCACUUUGUUUCAUGUUAACACGUAAAUUUGAUUUUCUAUGCAAAUGCAAACCCGUCCUGCUUUCAAUUCUUUAUCUACAGUUUCUAUAAGGUUCUGAAUCUUGUAAUUCACUAUUUUCAAAUGUAGGAGGAUGCUUUACUUCAUCACCCAUAAAAAUCAAAAUAAAUAUUUUUCUAUCUGUAAUAUAUAUAAUACUUUACACGCAGUAACCACACUUGCCAUACAAUAUCCUUACUUAAAUAAUAAUUCAUCUUACUUGGAAUGUACUAAGUAUUCUUUUCAUAGGACUGUGGGCUUUACAACCCAUCCUGCUAACCAUCUUCUACAAAGUAACAGUGAGAUUUAGCACCUCAACAGUAAUAUCAAUAUGCUUCUUUAUCCAUCGCUGGAAAAAGAAAAUAGGUUAAAAUGGCACCCAAGUACAGUCCUACUUAAGACUUAAAAAAUAGUAUUCACUGGUAAAAUAAUAAUGCUUUCAUGUACUUAAUAAAAAAUAAAAAGUUUAGCUGCCAUAGGAAAGGUUAUGAUUUACUUUCCCUUCACUAUUUACCAAAAGAACACAAGCACAUAAAAUACAGAAAUUUGUCAAAACAUCAUGAUACAAUAAAUUUUUUCUUCAUCCAGUGAAGAAAUACAUUUCCAUAUCACAAAGCAAAGUUAUAACACCGAUUCACUUUGAAUCAAAACAAAAGAUGCUUUAGAAUCAUCAUCCUUAUACAACAAAGAGCAGUACUAUGAAAUGGCUUGAGGUGCUGUCCCAUUGCAGACCAAAUUAAGACAUAUCUGUAGAUUUAGUACUGCCCAUGGCCUAGUCAUUGAUGGAAGGUAUUUUCUUUCAUGCCUGCCAUAAAGUAGGCAGGAGCAUCAAGCACCUUUUGGCAUGAAGGAAUCUGAUUCAUUGGAGGAGCCAUGCUUUGAUGAGGCUCUAGGUAGUGGCCUGGAAAGUAAAUAUCACCAUUUGGGAUGUACGCAUGGUGGGCAGGCUCUUGCAUGGGUGUUGCAUGUGCUGGAGGUGGUGGUGGUGUGCAAUGGGGAUGAAUGUGACCCAUGGGAGGUGGUGGAGGAGUAUACAUAGGUUUAUUAUCCACUUUGUUUUGCUUCUUUUUAUUAUUGUUAUUACAGUUAUUAGUCCUCUGUUUCUUACUUUUAUUUACAUAGGGCUCGUUAUGAGACGGACUUAACUGGUUUGGUGACUUAACUGGACGGGUCAUCACUGGAAUCCCAAGAGAUGAAAUCUGCAUGAAGCCCUGUGAUGUUAUCGGAAUUUCUAAGUUCUAAAGAAAGAUCAACAACCUCACAAACUACCUUACUUGUUUCUUUGCUACACUUGACACCCAUGUAAACCAAGAUAAAAAGAAAUAUAUAUGUUUUUUAAUAAAUAUUAUAAAUUUAA